AUGCAAGUGAAUUUUAUUUUGAGUUCUGGGCUGCUUUUUACCAUUCUGCCUUUGGUCACCGUUGAAAGCAAAUCACUUCAUUCCACCUCUGGCUGCUGUCAUAAAGGAACCUUGUCCAGAGCGAUUGACAUACUCUUCAUCCAGGCAAUGAGAUUCAAAGCAUCGUUACCAGCAGACAGCAUCAAAACCACAAAAUUGCUCAAAAAGAAAACCAAAAAUCUGUUCAUGAAAAGCUGCCAAUUUCGAGAGCAACUGCUUUCUUUUUUCAUGAAAGACGUUCUUGGGAAGCUUCAGUUUCCAUCUAACAAGGAGACAGGCUUCAUUGAGGACUUUAAUAGCUUUGGAAAGAAACUGAAUCACUGUUUUUCAUGUGCUCCUUACACUGGAGAGAUGAAGCCCAUUACCAGGAUUAAAAGAGUAUUUUACAAGAUUGGAAACAAGGGAGUCUACAAAGCCAUCAGUGAACUUGAUAUACUUCUUCCUUGGAUAAAAAAUUACCUAGAUGGCAUAAAAUAA